AUGCAGGGGCAUUGCAGCCCAGGAGGCUUCACAGACCGGACUGCACUGGGCACCCUGCUGGCUUCUUCAAUACUAGAGGCUGCAGAUCUGCUUGGCAGUGCAGCAGUUGCCACAGAGUACGUUUUGAAUUCUAACGACAAGAGUUGCGAGCUGGAGCAGCAGGCACCUGGGGCGCAGCCUUGCCACCUCGUUAGGAUGACCAGCGGGGCUAAGACAGAGUACACACUGCAGCCCUCCUCAGGGCUGAGCAGCGAACUGCCCGCAGACGCACAAAUUCGAGCAGCUUCUAAGAGCUUAUUACCUGUUAAGUCUAAAGAAGUCGAUGUUUCCCGAAUUCUUCAUCCAGGAGUUUCAGAGAAUGAUAUUAUGAAAAUCAUCAAACUGAAACGAGACGGGCAGGUAAAAGCUGCAGAUACUGCCAUCAAGAGGAAUGUCAAAAAGAGCUACAAACGACUGAGUAAGCAGAAACCAGAGGAAGAACUCAAGGAUAAGAACCAGCUCUUAGAGGCCAUCAACAAGCAGUUGCACCAGAAAUUGACUGAAACUCAGGGAGAACUGAAGGACCUGACCCAAAAGGUAGAGCUGCUGGAGAAGUUUCAGGACAACUGUUUGGCAAUUUUGGAGAGAAAGGGCCUUAAUCCAGACAGUGAAACUGCCGAAUCACAGGAAGAAUCCAGCAUGGACCACGCGGACUCCAUGUUGCUGUUAGAAACUUUGCAAGGUGAACUGAAGCUUUUUAAUGAAACAGCCAAAAAGCAGAUGGAGGACUUACAGGCCUUAAAAGUAAAGUUGAAGAUGAAAGAAGAAGAGAGGGCCCAGUUCCUGGAACAGCAGAUCUUAUGUAACAGUCAAGUAAAUGAUUUUACAACAGCCCUUGAGGAAAUGGAGCACCUAUUAGAAAUGUGAUAAAAAGCAAGUGGCCAGUUGGCUCUCUCUUGGGGAUUAACUCUAAGAAGAAGCCACUGAGGACACCUGCUUCUUGGCCAUGAUCUUCCAGGACUCACCAUCCCCAGAAUGAAAACAGUUUCUGCAGUAGGAGUAACGACAGUUUAUGCUGGAAUGUCAGUCUCCUCUUUAAGCAAGUGUUCUAAGCUCAGAUUGGUCAGCUCCCCGAAGCUGUCAUAUACAUAGUUAAAGGUCUACAAGAGGGGUGCCUGGAUGCUUGGAUCAACUCCUAGACAACAAGGCAACAGACACACUGUUAGAAUUAGGAGACUAAACCUGCCACAGCCAGAGAAUCCAAAAGGUCCCAUUCAGAUGCACGGGAAGAAACGCUUAAUUGUGCACUGGAACACAGGUGCUCCACAGGAGGUAUCACUGAUGAGCCAUGCACUCCCCUUCUAAUUUGGAGCAUACUCGGUCCCCUCCUGGUUGGGCUCUGUACCUCAUUGUAAAGUUACUAACUUAAAGUUACUUGAAAAGGCUUAUUAGUAAAUGGGAUGAAGGUAUUAGAUCACAAUAACACCUACCUGUAACAAUACAUGUUGGAGCUUUUAAUCUAAAAAAAAAAA